AACCUUUAGUUAGUAGAUGUGUUAUCGGCGGAGCUUCUUGUUUGGUGCACACAUGUGGGAUUUGGAUUUGUCACACACGCAUAGCUAAAUUCUGUAAAUAUAUUUGAAAAUCCAACACUUCAAGCAAAAGUAGUUAAUAGAAUCUAUCACAUUUAUAUUUUCCUUAAGCGCUGCACACUCGAUAGGUGAUAGUUUUUUGUUUUUGAAAGAACACAACUAGUGCAUUUGUGUUAUCAGGAGAUUAAAACCUCAAUUAUGGCAAAGGAAUCAACUGAAACAGAAAUAACCAGAAUACUGGAAAACGAGAAAAACCCGGACGGCCAGAGUGAAGAGGACCCCAAAACAACAGUCCAAAAUACUGACACUCCUGCCAAUGCUAAAAAACACAAGAAGAAGAAAAAGAAAACAGGUGAUGGAAAAGAUAAUCCACAGAAAGGGGUAAAAAGCAAUGAGGGAACACCCAAACAAGAGACCACAGAACUGACUCCUGAUGAGCAGCUGAGGCAGGAGUUGGAUUGGUGCAUCGAACAGCUCGAGCUCGGCUUGAGAACUCAAAAAACCACCAGCAAACAACGGGAAGAAGCAAGCCGCGCUCUGAAGACGUUACACAGCUCCAAAGCUCCCUUGGUGAAGAAGAGGCAGGUAAUGCGAGCGGUCUCUGGAGACUACAGGAAGAAGAUGGAAGAGGAAAGAGCCAAGCAGUUCAAACUCAUACAGUCAGCAGUGACCUCCGCCCGGGUCACCAGUGUCUCUGAGUGCAAACCAGUGUUUCACCGGCGAGCUGAGAGACACACACACCCCAAAAACCAAAGAGACGGAUCUCAGGAGACACACACACUGCAAGAGCCCCAGGAGACCAAUGAACACACAAAGACUGCUGGAGACACAAAACCUUUUGUUUUCACUAAAACACAUGAGGAGUUUUGCUUUAACUUCAACGUAUGAUCUGAAACUGUAACAUCAGCCAACAGGAUUUGUGCCUAAAGUAGAUGCAUGGUCAGAUAUCAUGUUUCUCUGUUGCAUAAUAUUUCGAUAUGUUCUCUAUGCAUUUUUUUAAGCAUACAUUUUUUUUUUUUUUUUUUAAAUGUAAUGUUCAUAGAGAACACUUAAGUAAAAAUUCAAAAUAAAUGAAUUAUGCCCAAAA